UUUUGGAUUGGCAGCGCAGCAGUCAGUGUGUCUUCUAGCAGGAAAAAGCGCCAACUUCUGCUGCACCUUUGUCAACUAUAGAGUAAAUGGCUGUAGACUGGAUACCCCUCGCUUUAAAUUAAAGCUAUAAUUUGGAUGAAUCAUUCGAUGAGGGGCACUGCUGCAUCACAGUAAGACCAAAAUGCCAGGUCUGCAGGGUGAUAAUGUUGUGGCGGCGUUGGGCAGCCCCAUCAAGAGGAGCAAACUCUCUCUCAAGUUCUUCCAGAAGAAAGAAACCAAGAGGGCGCUGGAUUUCUCUGAACCCCAAACUGAGGAGUCGAAAGAAGUCGAACCAGUGGAACCUGAGACAAGCACCUGCGAUCAGGUGGUCCCUGGUCCAUCCUCCCCUGGUCUCCUCCUGUCAUGUGAGAAAAAGGAGACCUUGAUGCCUUUUGUGGGAUUCAACAAUCUGGGCAACACCUGCUAUUUGAACAGUAUCUUACAGGUCCUUUACUAUUGUCCAAGACUCAGAGGAGGGAUCAAGAAACUGUACCAGCUGUCAAAAAAGAAAGAUGGCACAAAGAACGAAACGGACAAAGACAAGGAGCAGUCAGAUGGAGAGGCCGAGUCACUGCCAGCUCACAUGGCGCUGCUUGAAAACUUCCACAGCCUGAUAACAUCAGCGGAGCAGCUUCAGUCCAACUUCCUGCUCCAAUCUGACAGCUUCAAUGACAGCGAGCUGUCCACACCCCCUCGAAAAAUAUUGCACAGUCUAAGACGACUGAACCCAAUGUAUGAGGGCUAUCUUCAACAUGAUGCCCAGGAGGUGCUGCAGUGCAUCUUGGGAUAUAUCCAGGAUGCCUGUGACACCAUCAGAAAAGAGCAGCAGCUUGAGGGGAAGGACAAUAUCCAUGAAGAAUCUGGUGAUUCGGCAGCAGAAUCCAGAGCUCCCACGGAAGCUGACGGUCAAGUUAGCGGAAAGAGGAAGAGUGAUUCUGAGAUGGGAAACCCUAAAAAAAAGCCAAAGUCUGUCAAGUCCAAGAAAUCGGAUGAAGAGGAAGUUGAGAGACCUCUCACACGCUCCAGAAGGAAGUUGUCCGGCAUAGGCCUGAUGAACAGUCCUGAGGAUAAAGAUGGAGACAAGGUGGCAGAGGAGAUGCAGAAGGUUAAUGGAGAGACAGAGGGAGCGACAAGGAGUAAUGGUGAUGGAAAUGCCGGAAUGGUGGACGGUAAAAGGAAGAAACCAUCCAGACUCGCCUGGUUGAGGCCAUCUGGGAAACAGCCCAGUAUUUUCUCCAAGUUCCGCCGCGUUGGAAAGAUCAGCAGCAUGACUUUCAAAAACGAAAACAAACCUGAGGAGGAUAGUUCACCGAGUGAUGAGAAGAAGAGCUGUGACGAGAAAUCAAUUACCAACUCAGACAUGGACAAGAAGAGUGCUCAACAUCUGGAGGACCUGGACCUGAUGCAGCACCUGUUCCAGGGUCGACUGGUUCUUAGAACACGUUGUUUGGAGUGUGAGAGCUUCACAGAGAGGAGGGAAGACUUCCAGGACAUCAGCGUCCCAGUUUUAGAGGACCAACCCAGUAGUCCAGAUGAUCUCUCAGAAGUCUCUCCAGACCCAAAACCAGAGCUGAAGACGCUGAAAUGGGCGAUUGGCCAGUUUGCCUCAGUGGAGCGGAUCUUUGGAGAGGACAAAUACUUCUGUGAGACGUGUCAACACUACACAGAGGCUGAAAGAAGUCUCCUGUUUGACAAGACUCCUGAAGUGAUCACCAUCCAUCUGAAGCGCUUCUCCGCCAACAGACUAGAUCUGGACCCGUACGCCGGCCUCUCUAAAGUCAACACUCCACUCCAGACUCCUCUGACCCUGUCUCUGGACGAGUGGUGCACCCGUCCCUCCUCUGCCAAAGGUCAGCAGUACCAGCUGUUUGCUGUGGUCAUGCACAGCGGCGUCACCAUCAGCAGCGGCCACUACACUGCCUACAUCCGCAUGAGCGAUCUGAAGGAUGUGAGGCUCUGCCUGCAGGGCAAAGAGGAGACGGAGGAGGAAGAAGAGACGGAGAAGAAAGAGGAAGCACAGGUGAAGGAGGAAGUGUUGGACUAUGACGAUGGAGAAGUUUCAUUUAGCCUGAAUUCCAGGAGGCAGAAAGGUGCCAAUUUGGCAGGCGGCAAAAGAGGAGGCAAGAAGGUUUCUGAAGGAGUUGGACUGUUGGGAGGUCAGAGGAGUUUUUCCAGCUGUGAGAUUAGCAGCAGCAGCAGCAAACACGCAGGGAAACCAUUCAACGCUACAGCGACUGAGGGAACUAAACGGAGGAAGACCACUGGCAGUGUGAGCCAGAACUGUGAAGCUGGACUUAAAAAGGAGCCCAAAGAAGCAGAGGAGGCUUCACAGGUGUCCUGUGGGGCAGUGGAGGCCACAGAGGAGCAGGCUCUAAACGGCCUCUUGCAGUACGAAGGCAAAUGGAUGCUGUUCGAUGACUCCGAGGUGCGUCUGUUCGAGGAGGAGGACUUCCUGAGAGCCUGCUCCCCUGACACCUGCUCCUCAUCUACACCUUACCUGCUCUUCUACAGGAGGACGCCUGACGAGACAGCGUCGUGACUGUGAGGUGAGUGCCGAUAAAAAGAUACUGUUGCGGUAUUUGCAAUGCUACAAUAUUGCCAAAAACUGUGGCUAUCCAACAAAUGACUUCCUUAGGCCAGAUUCUGCUUUUCAGACUGUAAUUUGGACUCAAACUUUUGACUUAUGCCGACAUUGAGGAUUCAUGUUUUUGUUAGACGUAACUUUUUUGUUGUUUUGCUUUUUUUCUUAAAUACAUUCUUUUUGUUGUGUCUCUACAGUGUAUUUUAAAAUUAAUCAUAGACUUUGUUAUGGAUUUUUUUUCUUUACAAUUACAAAAGCACUUGAUAAACAGAAUACAAAAAUGGAACAUACCAAAUGCUGUAUAUUAGUUUUCCAAGCAAAAAUGUUUUUGGAAUAUAUUGAGUCAAAAAAGUUUCUGUAUUUUGGUCAGAUUUUGCGACAGUUGAAUAAAAAGCCCCCAAAAUGAA